CUUUUGAGUUUGAUUACAUAAAUUACACCAACAAACACAGAACAGAACUCUACUACUCUACUGAUACGCAAUCUUCUUCCUCAAGAUCACACCCAAGAUUUUUCUCUUUCUUUUUCUUUUUACUGCUACUACUAUAAAUUUUAUCUUUUUCAGCUCUGUGGAAGAAACAAAAACAUUUUAAAAAGACAUGCAACAGAACAGCUUCAAAACAGCUUCGCUUCCAACUUUUCCUCACUCUCAACUAAUGUACUGCCACUCUAAUAAUCCCUUCGUUCUCCGUAGAGAUGAUCAAGAAAAUGGUAGCAGAAACCAAACGAGAUUUGCGGAUCUUGGAGAGCUUGAUCAUCAACCUUCUCCAGCCACCUUUCAUCAUCAACAACACCAGCAACACCAUGCUGUUGAUUUAAGCCCAAGUUCCAUGUUCAGUUUAAAAUCGGGAAAUAUUAAUGUCUCUGCUUUGUCCAAUAACUUACACUACUCUCAUGCUGCUGCUGCUGUCUUGAGCACGGGCUGUGAAGCAGAGAUUUCAGCAACAGGGUGUUUGGAUACAGGGCAAUACAUGUAUCAGAAAGGGACAACGUUUGGUUCUUCAUUGGGAAAUGGGAGUAAUUAUAAUAAUAAUAAUAGUAUUGAGAACUGGGGAGAUUCAGGAAUGGCAGAUAAUAGCCAGCAAACUGACACUUCUACAGAUGUUGAUACUGAUGAUAAAAAUCAGCUGGCUGUCUUUCAACAUGGUACAAUGGUGGUUGUGGAUUCCAUGGAUCAAUCCAAGGCAAAAGCUGGUGACCAAAAGACUCUUCGAAGGCUUGCUCAGAAUCGAGAGGCUGCUAGAAAGAGUCGACUUAGGAAGAAAGCUUAUGUCCAGCAACUUGAGAACAGUCGACACAAGCUUGCACAGCUAGAGCAAGAGCUUCAAAAAGCCCGACAACAGGGAAUGUUUGUUGCAUCUGGAUUGUCUGUAGAUCACGGGGCUGGAAAUGGUGCAGUUGUAUUUGACAUGGAGUAUACCCGUUGGAUCGAGGAACAACAGCGGUUGAUCAAUGAUUUAAGAUCAGCUGUCAACUCUCAUAUGGGUGACAACGAUCUUCGCCUGCUUGUGGAGGCUGUAUUGGCGCAUUAUGAUGAAAUUUUCAGGCUAAAGAGCGUCGGCACAAAGUCUGAUGUAUUUCACAUGCUUUCAGGCAUGUGGAAGACACCGGCUGAGAGAUGUUUCAUGUGGUUGGGUGGAUUUAGAUCUUCCGAGAUUCUUAAGAUACUUGGGAACCAUCUUGAGCCAUUGACAGAUCAACAGUUAAUGGGCAUAUGCAAUCUGCAGCAAUCUUCUCAACAGGCUGAAGAUGCUUUGUCUCAAGGAAUGGAAGCUUUGCAACAAUCACUCGUCGACUCGCUUUCAUCAACUUCUCUCGGCCCUGCUAGUUCUGGAAAUGUUGCGGACUAUAUGGGGCAAAUGGCGAUUGCUAUGGGGAAGCUCGCAACACUAGAGAACUUCCUUCACCAAGCUGAUCUCUUGAGACAGCAAACUCUGCAACAGAUGCAUCGGAUUUUGACCACACGUCAAGCUGCUCGAGCCUUUCUUGUUAUUCAUGACUACACUUCACGUCUGCGCGCCCUCAGCUCUCUAUGGCUCGCACGCCCUCGAGAUUGAUACAUUAUUUUCCUACUACAAAACUUCCUUCCGUAUUUGAAUGUUCCGAAAGCAUCGGGGGAAAAUAAAGCUUAAUCUAUUUAACCUCUAUAGAAUGCCGAGUUCAUGAACAUGAGUUAGGAUCAGAGGAACUGUUUACAGAGUUCCAUUGUAGAAAUGACAGGAUGGUGAAGAUUAUUCGACACCGAGUAGUAUAUUCAGGGUAGCUCAGCUAGUUUAUCUUACGUUUUGUAAUUAAGAUACACCGUUUUCCGCUGUUUUAAGUUCAGGGUAUCUUCAUGAAUGCAUUGAUAAAAAAAAUACUAUUGUCAAUGUUCAUAUAUUUGUCAUAUUACA